AUGACUGUCGCUACGCACGGCGCAUUUUCGUACGCACAAGAGGAGAGUACACGAGUGCACGUCGCACUUGCGCAAGUGUGCCCAAAUGGAUCGGUUCGCGGUGAGAUUGAUGCCAUUCUUCCGAAACUUGCUGAGCUUGCGCGCGAAGCUGUCGACAAAGGCGCAGAUAUCCUCAUUUUACCCGAAUACUUUUUGUCGGGCGCGCACCACGAUGCGUGGAAACACGCAUCCACACUGCCUGCACUAGAUGAACAUGCACGAGCUCCUUGGGUUGCGCAAGUGGCACAGAUUGCUCGUACGGCACAGAUUGCCAUUGUCACGGGCUCGGCCGUUGAGCUGCGCACGUUUCCGUCGAGACCAGGUCUCUUUAACACAUGCUACUUUAUCGAUCAUUUUGGCACAGUACUGGGAGAAUAUACCAAGCGGCACUUGUGGCAUCCCGAGCGUAGACUCCUUUCUGCAGCUACGGACGAGACGCACCCAACGUCCAUGCAACCGCACACAUUUCUUUUCAAGACGAAGCGUGGGCUUACUUUGCGUGCUGCGAUGGUCAUGUGUUGGGACCUAAUGUUUCCCGAAACGUUCCGUGUGCGCAUCACGCCGCCCAAGAGCGCGUCUGAUUUAGACUUGCCCGGGGAAUGGGUCGGUCCCGAUAUCGUAUUUUCGCCUACAUGCUGGUACGCUAAUGACUCUGGCACACAAGCUUUACAGAUCAAUCCUGCAUGCGAGCAGGCGUCUCUCGAUGCAAUUGUACCGUGUCGCGCGAUGGAGACCGAGUGCUUUGUGUGCAUGUGCAACACGGCAGGCCCGGACGUACAGGAUGGCGAGCCGUUUGGACUUGGGCGCUCCACCUGUGCGGCACCAAUACUCGGCGCCUACGCCCGUGUUCCCCACAACCGCGAAACGCUGCUGCUCGCAACGCUCGAUACCACCGUGCUGCGCACCGCACGCGACAUUUUCAAGGUCCGCCAGGACCUGGCGGACGCCUUGCGCAUGGGCCGUAAACGGAAUAAAGAGGCAAAAGACACGGCCACAAGCGCGGACGGAGAUACAAGCUUCGUCUUAGAUACACAUAGCGAUGAGGUACCAUUGCCUUGUCAGGUAACAGAGCCUGCAACACAGCACUCGCCGCCGGGUUUGGACCUGCCUGGCCACGUCGCUGUGGUUGCGUCGGAGUCUGUGUCGUCUGCAGCGCGCGAAGUGACGCAGACAGCAGACGAUACAUUUGAGCAAUUGGAUGCAGCGCCCCAUGCGCGAUACUACGAGGCUGAAGCGGACGAGAAGCGGCGCCUGCGGAAUUAG